AUGGCUCCUACACCGACUCUUGAUCUCAGUAGUGGUCAUAAGAUUCCGCAACUUGCUUUUGGAACCGCUGGUUCCAAAGAAAGAAUGGAACAAGCCGUUGAAGUGGCUAUUAGCACGGGGUUUCGCCAUAUCGACGGCGCCAUGCUUUAUGGCACUGAGCCGGAAAUCGGUGCCGCGAUAGCAUCAUCCAUGAGGAAGUACAAUCUUCAACGCGAAGACUUCUUCCUUACUUCAAAGCUUUGGUGUGACAAACACGCACCCGAAGAUGUCCGCCCAACUUGCGAAAUGUCAAUUAAAGAUCUCGGCGUCGAGUAUUUGGAUCUGUACUUGAUCCACUGGCCUGUUUCCUUCCAACAGAAGGAUGAUGGUGAAUUUGAUGUCAAUGAUCCAAGCCGAAUAGUAUAUGAGCAUCAUAAAAUUGAGGAUACGUGGAGGGCUAUGGAAGAAUUAGUAUCCGCUAGGCUUGUCAAGUCGAUUGGAGUGUCUAACUUCAACAAACGACAACUGGAGCGUAUUUUGGCAUCGUGUACAAUUCCACCAGCAGUGAAUCAGGUCGAAGUCAAUAUCCACUGUCCCAACACGAAGCUGAUUGAGUUUUGUCACUCCAAGAACAUUCAGGUGGAGGGCUACGCACCCCUCGGCUGUCCUGGUUUCCUAAAGGGCGAGGUAAAGUCGCUUCUAAAUGAUGAGAAGGUUGUCGAAAUUGCGCAUAAACACAAGAGGACACCUGCUCAGGUGCUACUGCGUCAUGGUAUUCAAAGAGGUAUCGUUGUUAUCGUCAAAAGUGUCACUCCUGAGCGCAUCAAGUCGAAUUUUGAUGUGUUUGACUUCGAGCUGACCGAUGUGGAAAUGGAGAAACUUAACAGAACCGAUUCAAACAAGCGUAUUUUCUCACUUCCAGCAUUUGCACAGCAUCCGGAAUAUCCAUUCCAUGAUGAGUACUAA